AUGUUUGAAAAUCUCUGUACAUUACCUCUAAGCUCCGAGCUCUUCACCCAAGCUCUUCAUCCCACCGAACCCAUUCUCUCGGUUGGUCUUUCGGGCGGCCAUGUUCAAUCGUUUCGAUUGCCGGCUGCUGAAACUUCUGCUGGAGAUGAGGAUGGUGAUACUAGUGUUGUGAGUACGGGGACGAGUACUAUUGAUACGCAAUGGAGGACUAGGAGACAUAAGGGGAGUUUUCUCUACUCCGCCGGCACGGAUUCCCUCCUCAAAGCCGCCGCUUCAGCUACCGGCCAAGUAAUUUCCAAAAUCCGCAUUCCUAAUUGCAACACCGAUACACUCGAUCCCCCUACCCUUCUGCAUGCCCUCUCCCCCCAAACACUUCUCCUAGCCACCGAUUCCUGCGCUCUGCACCUCUAUGAUCUCCGCGACAUCUCUUCUUUCAAAACUGGAAAACCGGCUCAAACGUAUCAUCCACACGAUGAUUAUAUAUCCAGUUUAUCAGCGCUUCCCCCGACGGAAAUGAGCACAAGUGGGUUUAGCAAACAGUGGGUUACGACUGGAGGGACGACAUUGGCGGUGACGGAUUUGAGGAGGGGAGUGUUGGUCAAGAGUGAGGAUCAGGAGGAAGAAUUAUUGAGUAGUGUUUUUGUGAGUGGAUUGCCGGCGAGGGGCAAGUAUGGGAGAGAGAAGGUUUGUGUGGGCAAUGGAAAUGGUGUGAUUACGUUGUGGGAGAAGGGAGUUUGGGAUGAUCAGAGUGAGAGGAUUAUAGUUGAUGGGGGUGGGAAAGCUGGAGGUGAGAGUUUGGAUGCGAUGAUUGCGGUGCCAGAGGAAUUGGAGGGCGCAUAUGGUGGGAAGUGUGUGGUGGUGGGUCUUGGAGAUGGAAGUGUGAAAAUUGUAAGAAUUGGGGGGAGAAAGGGCGUCGUGGAGGAUAUGAAGCAUGAUGAUGUUGAGGCGGUGGUUGCGGUUGGAUUUGAUGUUGGGGGAAGACUGAUUUCUGGGGGCGGAGACGCGGUUAAGGUUUGGCAAGAAAAAAUUGAUUAUGAAGAGGAAGAGGAAGAAGAAGAGGAAGAGGAAGAGGAAGCGGAAGCGGAAGCGGUAGAUGUGGAGGAUAAUGACGAAGUCAUGGGUGAUGGUGAAAAGAGAGCAUUGGAAAAAGAUAGCGAUGAUAGUGAUGCAAAGGCAGAUAGUGACGAUGAAAAAGACGAAGGUCACAAGAAACGAAAGAAGAAGAAGAGAGGAAAGAAAGGCCAGGUUGGAAAUGGAAUCUUGGGAUUCAAGGGCAUGAAUUAG